AUGGCAGACACAACAAAAGGUCAAGCCAGUCCGAAUGUCCAUUUUUUCCACAUAACUCCUCCUGGUGCCCGUAAUAGCAAAUGCCGAGUUAAAGAAAAGCAGGACACAUUGUGGUUCACGAUUACUCGAGAAUUUCUGUUGCCGACUGCGGUCGAGAAAGACAAAAUUAAGGCCCGUUAUGAGAAUGGAGUAUUAAUUAUAAAUGUUCCUAAAUCCUUAAAAAGUAAAGCCCAUCAGGUUAAUAUUGAUAUAAAUCAAAGCAAUAAUCUAAUCAAAAUCGAAAUUGAUGAGGUAGAUUUUCCGACUGGUAAUGGUGAUGAAAAGGCCAAAAUUACAGAAAUAUUGUUUUCUGGACAAGAAAAAGAUAAAUUAAAAGACACUUUCCAAGACAGAAAAACUUAUCAAAUGACUUUUGAUAGUUCCAAGGUGGAAGAUGACCGACAUCCGACCAUGAUUCAGAAUACUGCUAGUGCAGGCGGAUUUUCUGCAAGUAAAGCACCAGACAAAUUACCUAAUAAAUUAGUUUUGGAAACGGAUAAAUUAAGAAUAGUUUACAAUAGCCAUAAUGAUACUAUUAAAGUUAGCGAACAAGGAAGCGCUAACACAGGUUCUUGGAAUUCAACAGCUUCUUCGGGUGAUGGAUCUAAUGUUAAAAAAGAAUCAAGCGAAGGGACGGAGAAUGAACCACAAUCAACAAGCAAUACAUCCAAUACUAAUCAAGCCGAUAGUGGAAAUAGUGGCGGAAAUUCUGAAGAAGAUCAAAAUACUUUUUCUAACAAUACUGAUACUUCUGACUCUGACCAAAAUACCAAUAAGACUCCUCCGCCACAACCGGCUCCCAGCCAACCAACUCAAGAGGAAAUUAAUAAUUCCAGUGAAAAAUUGAAACAAGCUACUCAAAAUGGUAAUAAAGAUGAAUUAUCCGAAUCUAUAAAGAAAAAUCAGGAAUUAGAAGACAAAGGCGCUUCGAAAUCACCCGAAAACGAACAAGCCGAGAAAGCCGCUCGGGAAAAGUUAGCCCAACAAGAUAAAAAAAAAUAUUGCCAAACAAUUUUCGAAGCAACCGAAAAUAAAUUGAAAAAUAAUGGUAUUAAUGUUGAUCAAUUAGACGCGGAGUCAAAAUCCGAAUUUGAGAAAUUAAAGAAUAAGGAAAUCACUGAAAAAUCCAAAGUUGACGAAGCCGAAAAGAAAAUAGUUAAAAAUGUCUAUGAGAAAGCCGCUGCUAAAAAACUGACUAACUUGGAAAAUAAAGCUAACGAAGCCAUAAAAAACAAGAACGAACAAAAAAUGAAAGAAGUAAAGCAAGAGUUAACUCAACUUAUCAACAAUUCUAAUUAUCAAUCAAAAAAAACCGCGGCCGAAGCGUUACAGAAAAAAUUAGAGGCGGCUCUGAAACAAAACACAUCAACGGAUAAAAAUGAUGAUAUUCCGUGA